GAGAAAAAAAAUACCGUAUAAAAUCACGUUGCACCGAUCGACUGCCUUGCAGUGGCAACAGAGAUACUCGCGAUGACAGACAGGUACAAUCUAUUAAGUGACCAGUAAAGCGUGUGAAAAAAGUGUUACAAUGGCUGGAAAUAACCGAUUGGCCUGUGCUUUUCUACUGUUGCUUCCGGUGUGGUACGUGGGUGCCCAAGAUGCAGCGCUGAGAAGUCUUCAAGCGACCGACUGGUGGGAGCAGUCCGGUUUCUAUCAAAUCUAUCCACGAUCGUUCAAGGAUAGUAACGGCGAUGGGAUCGGUGAUCUGAAUGGGAUCACCCAAAAGUUGCCGUAUUUGAAAGAUCUGGGAGUGAAGGCUUUCUGGUUGUCGCCUAUCUACAAGAGCCCUAUGGCCGACUUCGGGUACGAUAUUGCUGACUUCCGCGAUAUUCAGCCAGAGUAUGGCACAAUGGAUGACUUUAGGAAUCUGGUGAAAGAAGCAAAGAAACUGGGACUGCGGGUGAUUCUGGAUUUUGUUCCGAAUCAUUCGAGUGACGAACACGAGUGGUUUGUGAAGAGUGAGAAUCGCGAAGCGGGAUAUGAGGAUUACUAUGUGUGGCACGAUGGAAAACCGGGCAGCAAUCUGGAGCAGAAUGAUCCUCCGAAUAAUUGGGUGCAAUCCUUCCGCGGCAGCGCUUGGCAAUGGAGCGACAAACGCAAGCAAUACUAUCUGCAUCAGUUUCACCGGAAGCAACCCGACUUGAACUAUCGUAACCAGAAAGUAGUCGACGAGAUGAAAAACGUUAUGCGUUACUGGCUGGAUCUAGGAGUAGACGGUUUUCGCAUCGACGCCGUGCAGUGGUUGUUCGAGCACGAACAGUUCCUGGAUGAACCGGUAUCUGGAAACUCGCAGGAUCCUCUGAUGCCUGAAUAUCUGGAUCACGUCUAUACGCAAAAUCUACCGGAAACGGUCGACAUGGUAUACCAGUGGCGUGCCGUCAUGGACGAGUACAAGAAAGAACACGGUGGCGAUACGAGAGUUCUGAUGACGGAAUGUUGGUCCGAUCUUUCGAUUGUCAAAACCUACUUCGAAGAUGAGAACAAGGUGCAGGGCUCCCAAAUGCCAUUCAAUUUCCAGCUAAUUAUGCGCUUGGAUGUUAACAAUAACAAGGCGUCUAACUUCAAGACGGUCAUUGAUUCUUGGCUGGACACCGUACCUACUGGACACACUCCAAAUUGGGUGCUGGGAAACCACGACAAACGUCGCGUCGCUUCGCGCAUGGGAGGAGAGCAUAUGAUCGACAUCAUGGAAAUGGUUCAACUUUCGAUGCCGGGCGUCUCAGUGACCUAUCAAGGCGAAGAAAUCGGAAUGCUCGAUACCGAACUGACCUGGGCGGAAACUGUGGAUCCGGCCGCGUGUCAAACGUCCGAGGCUGUCUACAAACAGUACACCAGAGACCCGGCUCGUACCCCGUUCCAAUGGGACAACACAACAAACGCGGGCUUCACAAACUACUCCAAACCGUGGCUACCGGUUUCGCCGUCGUACACGACAGUCAACGUCCAAGUGGAAGAAUCGGCCAGCUGGAGUCACCUGAAGCUGUUCAAAGAAAUGCUGAAGUUGCGCGAGUCCAAGGACUUCCGCAACUGUCACUACCAGACCGCAGUUCUCGGGAGCAACGUUUUCGCUAUUCUGCGAACGGGGCCGGUAGUCGGUGAAUCGAACGUCUUCGUUACGUUGGUGAAUUUGGCCAACGAAGCAUCUACCGUGAAUGUUACUUCACUGUAUCAGCAGUACCGAUUGCGAUCCAGUGAUGAGCUGAAGGUUGCAGUACGGAGCGUGUCUUCCACAAGAUCGCAAGGACAAGUGAUUUCACCGAGUAAUCUCGUUUUGCAGCCAUAUGAGGGUGUGGUUCUAAGAAGUGGAGCCAUGCAGCUUGUGAGUCAAGUGGCGCUGCUUUUGGUCGCAGCGAUAAUGAUUGUGAUGAAUAGGCAUUGAAAUAAAGUGUUCGUGCUGUAAACAA